AUGAACUAUACAGACGUGAAAACGACUACGUCUCAUUUCGAUCAAUUGAAUUUGAUUGACAAGUUAUCUAUUUUAGCACCUUAUAAACUUUAUAAUCCAAGAAACUUCAUUAAUAGUCAGAUCAAUUAUGAAAUAAUCUCGUUUGUAUUGCUUAUUAUUAUUGCAUUGAGUUGUGUGGUGAUAGGAGCAUAUACUACUAUUAGCAAACCUGUGAAUGCACUUGACCCCAAUGAUGAUAAAGAGGCAGAUUGGGAUGGUACAGACAAUGACAAUUGUAAUUAUUACAAGUCAACAAAUAGCGACCUUGAAUUGCUUAAUAUUGAGUCUAUUGGAUGGAAACACGCGUUGAGCUUGCCCUUGAUAGGUUCUGCUGUAUUGUAUGGUCUAUACUACGGAUUGACACGUUUUGACAAAAAGAAUCUCAUGGUUGGUUUGAACUGGUACGUUUUAGGAAUGAGUAUAUUUCCAAACUAUCUCACAUACCAUUACUUAUUGACCGUGUUUACAAGAAGAAUUCAGAAUAUUUUCAAUCUUCAACCAAUUUUUCACAGAUACAGAUUGACAUUAUCAAAGGAUGUGGAUAACUUUCCAUUGGGCGUAGUUGAAUCCAUUGACAAAACAAAAUUCAAAAAAGUAUUACGCCAUUUGAGAAAGGUAGGAGUAAAGGUUAUUAAACCAAAUUUGAUCAAGACAGAAAAUCAGCUUGUUAAUUGUUUCUUUGACUUGAAAUUUUUGGUUCUUAUCCCUGUCAGUAUGAUCGUCAGUUAUGGUUUCUAUAAAUUCAACCCCGUAUUAAAUUCUGAAUAUCCAUUAAAUCAAACUAAUUGGAUGAUUUCGGAUAUUUUAGGCAUUAAUUUUGCAAUCUUUGGAAUUAAUCAUACAAGAAUCUCUAGUUUUAGAGUUGCAUUUAUCUUAUUGGUUGGGUUAUUCUUCUACGAUAUCUACUUUGUUUUUGGUACAAAAGUCAUGGUUACAGUUGCUACGGGCCUAGACAUUCCAAUAAAAAUCCUUAUUCCACGCAAUCCUGCUAUAUACUCGAGCAAUGUGUUUAUUGACUUGUACGAAGUAUUAACUGACUCUCGUCAUUGGGAUACUCCAAUGUCGAUACUCGGACUUGGAGAUAUCGUUAUUCCAGGCGCAUUCGUAGCAUUAUGUCUCAGGUACGACUUAUACAAGCAUCACGAAGCUAAUAGAAAGGCAUUCCACCACUUACUGAACUUUUCCAAGCCAUACUUUAUUGUCAGCAUUAUUUCAUAUUUCCUUGGUUUAUUAUUGACCGUUUCAGUCUUGUAUGUGUAUGAAAUGGGUCAGCCUGCAUUAUUGUAUAUUGUUCCUUGUUUGAUUUUAGGCGUUACCGGGUUGAGCUUACUCAGAGGUGAAUUUGGACAAAUCUUCAGAUACAACGAAGAUAUUGAAGAACCUGCCGAGGAAGAAAGCUCGGAACAAGACCCAAAUCAGGACCCAGAGGAUGAAGACAGUGAAUACUCGGUUGGCGAAGAUUCUGAGUGGGAAAGAUUGGUCGAAGAAAAAAUGGAAAUAGACGAAGACUUCGAAGAAACUGACUUGGAUGAAAUAGACCUCUUGAUUGCAGAUCAGUCAAACCCAGUCCAAAUUCCAAUAACAUAUGAAUUUGAAUCCGAUGAUGAUGACGACACCUUCAUCAUUGUCUCGGACGAAUCGUCUGAAUCCGAAGAAGAAUCUAGUGAUGAGGAUGAAGCUUCGAUUAGCCAAUCUGAUGACGAAUAA